AUGUUCCCCACCGCUGGAGCUGGUGAAAUGCUUGAGGGGCCGCGCUCCUCGGGGUCCGCAAGUUCAGACCCCCCCUCCCCUCCGCUGCCAGAGUACGCUUUUAAGCCACCGCUGAGGCCGGACUUUGGCACCAUGGGGCGGACAAUAAAGCUUCAGGCCAACUUCUUUGAAAUGGAGAUCCCCAAAGUGGAGGUAUACCAUUAUGACGUGGACAUUAAGCCUGAGAAGUGUCCCAGGAGGGUGAACCGUGAAAUCGUGGAGCACAUGGUUCAGCACUUUAAAACCCAGAUCUUUGGUGAUCGAAAGCCUGUGUAUGACGGGAGGAAGAAUCUCUACACAGCCAUGCCACUCCCCAUCGGCAGAGACAAAGUGGAACUGGAGGUGACCAUUCCUGGAGAAGGGAAGGACCGCAGCUUCAAAGUGUCUAUUAAGUGGGUGUCGUGCGUGAGCCUGCAGACCCUUCACGAAGCUCUGACCGGCAGACUUCCCAAUGUCCCCUUUGAGACCAUCCAGGCUCUGGAUGUGGUCAUGAGGCACCUGCCCUCUAUGAGGUACACUCCAGUGGGACGUUCCUUUUUCACCCCCUCGGAGGGUUGCUCUAACCCCCUGGGUGGGGGAAGGGAGGUGUGGUUUGGCUUCCACCAGUCUGUUAGACCGUCUUUGUGGAAAAUGAUGCUUAACAUUGAUGUUUCAGCCACUGCUUUCUACAAAGCCCAGCCUGUUAUUGAGUUCAUGUGUGAGGUCUUAGAUUUCAAAAGCAUUGAAGAACAACAGAAGCCCUUAACAGACUCCCAGAGGGUCAAGUUUACAAAGGAAAUAAAAGGUUUGAAGGUGGAGAUUACUCACUGUGGGCAGAUGAAGAGGAAGUACAGGGUGUGUAAUGUGACGAGGCGGCCAGCCAGCCAUCAAACGUUUCCUCUGCAGCAGGAGAAUGGUCAAACUAUUGAAUGCACUGUGGCACAGUACUUUAAAGAUAAAUACAAGUUGAUUUUGAGGUACCCCCACCUCCCGUGUCUUCAAGUGGGACAGGAGCAGAAGCAUACCUACCUGCCUCUGGAGGUGUGCAACAUUGUGGCUGGACAACGUUGCAUUAAAAAGUUGACUGACAAUCAGACCUCUACGAUGAUUCGGGCUACUGCCCGCUCUGCACCAGACCGGCAGGACGAGAUCAGCAAACUGAUGAGAAGUGCCAACUUCAACACUGACCCAUAUGUGCGUGAAUUUGGAGUGAUGGUGAGGGAUGAGAUGACUGAAGUGAACGGGCGUGUCCUCCAGGCUCCAUCCAUUCUAUAUGGAGGAAGGAACAAAGCAAUUGCCACUCCUAUACAGGGAGUGUGGGACAUGAGGAACAAGCAGUUCCACACAGGUAUUGAGAUCAAAGUGUGGGCCAUCGCCUGCUUCGCUCCGCAGAGACAGUGCACUGAGCUGCUGCUUAAGGCUUUUACAGACCAACUCAGAAAAAUCUCGAGAGAUGCUGGCAUGCCUAUCCAGGGUCAGCCAUGCUUUUGUAAAUACGCCCAGGGAGCAGACAGCGUGGAGCCCAUGUUCAGACACCUGAAGUACACCUACCAGGGGCUGCAGCUGGUGGUGGUCAUCCUUCCAGGAAAGACUCCGGUCUAUGCGGAGGUAAAACGUGUGGGUGACACAGUGCUUGGAAUGGCUACACAGUGUGUCCAGGUGAAGAAUGUUCAAAAGACUACCCCUCAGACCCUCUCAAAUCUGUGUCUGAAGAUCAAUGUGAAGCUAGGGGGUGUGAACAACAUCCUGCUGCCUCAGGGCCGGCCUCUGGUGUUUCAGCAGCCAGUCAUCUUCCUUGGAGCAGACGUGACGCACCCGCCUGCAGGAGAUGGCAAAAAGCCUUCCAUCGCAGCCGUGGUUGGCAGCAUGGACGCUCACCCCAGCCGCUACUGUGCGACCGUGAGAGUCCAGCAGCAUCGGCAGGAGAUCAUCCAGGACCUGGCCACCAUGGUCCGAGAGCUGCUCAUCCAGUUCUACAAAUCCACACGCUUCAAGCCCACCCGCAUCAUCUUCUACCGCGACGGCAUCUCAGAGGGACAGUUCAAUCAGGUUCUUCAACAUGAGCUACUUGCCAUCCGUGAGGCCUGCAUUAAACUGGAGAAAGACUACCAGCCAGGCAUCACCUUUGUGGUGGUCCAGAAGAGACACCACACCAGGCUCUUCUGCACGGACCGGAACGAGCGGGUUGGAAAGAGUGGCAACAUUCCUGCAGGCACUACUGUGGACACCAAAAUAACUCAUCCAUCAGAGUUUGACUUCUACCUGUGCAGUCAUGCAGGCAUUCAGGGCACCAGCCGGCCGUCACACUACCACGUGCUCUGGGACGAUAACCACUUCACCUCGGACGAGCUGCAGGUGCUCACCUACCAGCUGUGCCACACAUAUGUACGCUGUACCCGCUCCGUGUCCAUCCCUGCGCCUGCCUACUACGCACACCUGGUGGCCUUCAGAGCACGUUACCAUCUGGUGGACAAGGAGCACGACAGUGCGGAGGGAAGCCACACUUCUGGGCAGAGUAACGGCAGGGACCACCAGGCUCUGGCCAAGGCUGUGCAGAUCCACCAGGACACUCUGCGCACCAUGUACUUUGCCUGA